CCCAGUCACCACACACAGGUCACACGCCCGCCUUUACUUUCCUGUCACAUCCUAUUGUUCCGGCGUUGUAUAAUCCCACACUAUCGCAACUUCAUGAGGUCAGAUAGGAAUAAUCAUCACCAUCAUCACAAUUCAAGCUAAGAGUCGGAGUGAGUGUGGGGUAUUUUGUCAAGUGAUUGUACUCACACACUCACACACGCACGCACACAAAAGACGGGUGUCGCAAGAGGACACGACAGUGUCAACAGGACCUGUGUUUUCAUGACAUUAAUUGAGCACUAUGAAGGUCUUCGUAGACUCCCUGCUUUAUUUGCUUUGCUAGAAGAAUAACAACAAUGUUGUUUUGUUUCAAGUAGUUACUUCGACAUAGAGGAAACGUGUUUGUGUUGCUUUGGUGGCAUUAUUUCAUACAGGAAUUAAACUGCACUGUUCCCUCUGGAUUAGGCUGAAGGAAAGAUCAGACAUUGUUCCCUGUACAAUGAGAACGGCCCUGGACGUCCACGGCAAGCUGCACAUACGUCUACAGCAUCGCCCUGAGGAGAACAACACAUGGGUGGGCUACAUAGAGGACCCACGGAGAGGGCAGGACGAUGAUAUAGGCGCACUCUACUACGUCGUCGCUGUUAUCUUCAUCUACGGUCUCUCUAUCGUCAUGAUGAUCGCCUCUCAUAUACGCAGGAAUAAGCAGGAUAACCAGUUGAGGACUUACCUCAAGGAAAUGGCUACGCUGAGGAAAUCAGACCGGAGGGAAAAAGUGCUGAGUAAGAUGACUGAUUUAGCAAACAGACAACAGCAGCAAGAGGCUCUGGAAGCUAAAAAUAAGCUGGAGAAGGAACGUCUGAGACUCCUCCAGAAAGAAAACGAAAACGAAACAGACGACCAAGAAGUUAAUCAAGCUCUCCUUGGCAAGGAAAACAACGAAGACAACACGGACUCCGUAUUCCUUCCUCCGGAGUUUUGUAUAUCGCCUGCUGCAAACUCCCGGAAACCGGAAGUCCGAUGGGAUAGAAGUAGUGAAAGUAGUUCCUACCGGAACACCAGUGUCAGCAGCAAGGGCUCGGGAAGGAAUACCAGCUCGUGUUCUACCGUUGUGAGCAACCUGCCCUCUUCCGAUACCCGGUCGCCUAGCCUCUCAGAGCGCCGACACAGCUGCUCACACUACUCACAGCCCCGUGUCCGGUCCCCGAGCAUGCACGACUAUCGCAGCUGGAAGACGUGCAUGACUCAAAAGUCUUCAAAUCUACAGGACUACCGGUCUUCCCGUCUUCACGAGCGGCCUUCACCCAAUAACAGCGAACACAGGUCCAUUUUAACAGGGGCACAAGAUGGUCUUACCUCAAGUCUGACCGAAUUCCGCCUGUCUCCCCGCUGUGCUCGGGCGCGGGCCUCCACCAUGCACGAGCCACGCCCACCUAUCAUCAAACCUGGCGCCAAGUCCAAAGGAGGCGGACUCGCUCUUCACAACGAGACAAAACCCCAGAAGAACCUUCUCAUCCAACAGCAGCCGGUCAAGGCGUCGUCAGACGUGAAGAUCUCUUUCCCCGCCAGUUUUCACGUCGUGGAUGAAGACGCCGCUUUAUGACAAGAACCCACGAGCGAUAUCAACGGACAUGUUAGCGCCUGGGUGUGAGCUUACAAAACCGACGGCCCCUGUUUCCUCUGUACACUAACAUUGCACUACAGGGACCUUUACACUAGACCUACCAGUAUCUGGUUUCGAACGAUCAGAUAGCCUUGUAUUCAUCAAGGCAUUGUGUUCCAUACUCAGUUUUGUAACACUUGGGGUUUAUGCUCCCUGGGAUAUAAUUGGCACGGCAGUGGCCCAAAUGGUCUCUCACCAGAGACCGUAGAGAAAGAGGGAGAGAUACUGGCAAGCACACACCUUCGCAAAAGAGUGUCAACAUUUGCAAUCAUUGUGCUGUUGUGGAUGACCCUGGUUCAAAACUGCAUUG